CAGUUAGCGCAUCGCUGCCGGUCGGGAAUGGCGUAAAAUAUUUUUGUUGUAAAAAGUACAAAAUGUCAAAAUAGUUCUCCGCUCUUUUUUUUUAUUUUUGAAUUGAGUUGUACGAAAUUUGCAAUUUCACCAACAGUUGGUGUUCUACACACGUUCGCCGAGGCAACGCGCAUCUAUUUGUUAUGGGACGAAGUAAACAAACGGCUGGAGAAAGAAAGUGAAAUAGCCGCGACAUUUUAUGCAGAAAAGUUAAAUUAAAAGAAAUUUUAUUAAAAAGACGCUGAAAGUAAAAAUGUCAUCUUGGCGAGCUGCUACAUUGUUCUUCUUCUUGAGCGCGCUGUUGAGUUUUGAAUUCGUCUCACCUUGGAUGAAUUUCAACAGUUAUGUGUCGAAGAAGCGCACCGAUUUAAAAAAACGUUGUCCGAAUGUUCGUGCCAUACGCAAUUUUGAUCUGGAAUCAAUGAUGGGGUUCUGGUAUGUUGUCCAGUAUUAUGCAUCGACGGAAGAGUUGCCAGAAUAUGCCUGCAUGCAAAGCGAUUUUACAUUCUCCGCCGAGGAUCAACAUAUAACCCUGAAUUUUAGUUAUAUUUUCGCCGAGGAUCCAUUGCGUGAGAAAUUACAGGGCAACAUUACCUGGUACAUACCCGAUUUCGAAACACCGGCGCACUGGAUGCACACCGAGGAUAUUUAUGAGGGCAUCUACAACACUUACGUCAUCGAUACAGACUACAAAUCGUGGAGCCUAGUAAUGCAUUGUGCGGAAAAGAAAAAAUCACCGCGUUACUUAUCAGCUUUGUUGUUGUCGCGAGAACCGCAACUGGGCGAUAAUGUCAUAAACUUCUUGAGGGAAAAGCUACCACGUUACGAUAUUGACCUGUCGUUUAUGUUUCCGAUUAAUCAGACGUGCCAUAAUUUAAUGGAAUCGGUUAAUGACGAUCCUCUUGCUUAUAUACUAAACGAAGAGAAGGAAGAAGAGGAGUCGACGAAUAAAGUCAAACUUAUUUUAAAAACAUGAACCAAACUCAAAACAAAAAAUGUGUAUAAUACUAAAGAUGUGUGUACGUAGACAUAUAAGUAUUCAAUAAAUUUUAUAAUUAAUUUAGUUUAUAUUUUUUAUAAAUAUGUCAAUAUAACCAAAAUAUACAUAUGUAUGUAUUUACAUAUAAGUAUAAUAUGUUUCAUAAAUAUGAAGAUACUGCUGAUAUGGUAUGUGUUUGAUAUUUGAGAUAUCCAAGAAAUACUACUUCGAUGAAGCUACACCAUCUCAUUUCUACACUAUCCAUGUUAAUGUUCCAACGUUCGUCAUCCCUGCCCGAUGUGUACUCGACUGCUUGUUAGAAAUGUCAAAACAUUUAUUAGCCCGUAUGAUUUUAAAAUAAUUAGGGGGGGAAAAAUUAAAAAAAGUAAUAAAAUAUAUAAUAUACACAUUUCGGUUUGCUAUGUAUGUAUGUAUGUAUAUAAACAAAUGGCAAUUCAUAUGUUAAACACAA